AUGCCGUCACGUCCUACUUCUACCUUUCUGCUCCUGGCACUCGCCACUUCGUGCCUGGGCCGUGCAACACCUCUUGCGCCUCGCCAGAACGCAUGCUUCGUGGUCGGCAACGUCGCCCUGCCAGCCGAGGUCCAAGACUCGGUCACGGCCAUCCAGUCCAGCAUCACCUGCUCGUCGACGGCCACGACCAUCGACAACGUGCCAGACGUCACCUCGGGCAACGUCUCCUUCAGCAAUGUCGACUUCUCCACCUCGUCCUCCACCCCACUACAGUUCGCCCUGGACACCUUCGCCACCGCCGAUCCCCUCGCCAACUCGGACCUGCAGACCUUCCAGGACGAGCUGAACGUCUACCUCGCCACGGAGGCCGGCAUCCGCAGCGUGGGCGGCAGUCUCGCUGUGAAAGUGCCCAAGUUCUUCCUCGAGAUGCAGGUCAGCAGGAUCCAGACGGCGCAGGGAAACCCGCCUACGGACGCCGCGCUGCAGGUGGAUCAUCUCAGGGAUAAAGUCCUCACGAAUGCCGCGGGCGAGGACCAGAGUCUGCUGGACCAGGUUACUCAGCUUGCUACUGUUGUGUCAUGA